GUCCUGGCGCUCGGCAGAGACAAGGCCACGCUCGAGAAGCUCGCGUCGCACUACAGCAACGUGCAGCCUGUGCUGCUGACGGGCGACAAGGAGGCCGACGCCGCCACGCUGCAGAAGCUCGGCCCGCUCGACGCGUACAUGGACUACACGCCUAGCGGCGCGGCCGGCCCGGUGUACCUGGACGCGGCGAUCGGCGCGCUCAGGUUCGGCGGCAGAGUCAUCCUCUCGGGCUUUGUGUUCGCCACCCUGAGCAUCCCGUACGGCCUCGUGGUCGCCAAGGACCUGACCAUCAAGGGCAAGUUCAUGUACUCGCGCCAGGAGGCCAAGGACUUCCUGAAGAUGGUCGAGAACGGCAUCUUCAAGAUGGACCACGUCAGCGUCCGGAAGUACCCUAUCGACCAGUACGCCGAGGCCGCCGACGUGGCCAACGGCAAGGCGCCGUGGGACGAGCUCGUUGUGGUGAACAACAAUAAAUAG